AUGUCUUCCAAACUCAUUCGCAUUGCGCUGGUUGGGCUCUCAACCCACGCCACCUCAUCUUGGGCGGCAACAGCUCAUCUGCCAUACCUGCUGUCUCCGCGAGGCCAGACUCAAUAUAAAGUUGUCGCUCUUCUCAACUCCAGCCAAGAGGCAGCUGAGAAAGCUCGCUCCCACUUCAAUCUCCCCUCCGACGUCAAGGCAUACGGCGACCCCGCUCAACUUGCUGCUGACGAUGAAGUCGAUCUGGUUUCGAUCGUUGUUCGAUCUGAUAAGCAUUAUGCUACCGUUGAGCCAUCAUUUCGAGCAGGAAAGGCUGUCUAUGUGGAAUGGCCCCUGACUGAGAGCUUGGAGCGCAGUCUUGCUCUAGUGGGCAAAAGGGAUGGCCGUGACAGAAACGUCAUUGGCUUACAGGGACGACUUUCACCGGUUGCCGCCAAGGUCAAGGAGUUGAUGGCGUCUGGCAGACUUGGAAAGGUUCUCAACAGUCAAGUUCGAGGCUUCUUCGCCAUGGGCUUGGGGAAACAGCCGGGCACGCUCCUCGAAGGGCCUAUGGAAGAGAUGUUCAGCACGCGAGGGAUUGGAGGCAACCACUUCUCCAUCGGGUAUGCACACAUGGUUGAUCUUGUGCACUCUGUGCUGGGCGAGUUCAAGGACUUUCACAGCCAAUUGCAGAUUCGGUGGCCAGAGGUUGUUAUUGUCGACAAAGAUGGGGUGCAGCUGCGUACACGAAAGAAUGAUGUUCCCGAUUUUGUAAGUGCCCAUGGAGUGCUCGCUCCCGGCGCCGCAAACAUCCAAGACGGGGCGACUCUGUCUGUGCUGUACAGAAGCGGGAAACAAUUCAAGGGCGAACUCCCCUUUGUGUGGUAUAUCCAGGGUCAGACCGGAGAGCUGAAGAUUACAAGUCCCAUUGGACCAAUUCUCCAGGCGGCCACGGUACCUGGUGUCAAGAUUGAGCUUCACGACUAUAAGACGGACGAGGUGACGGAAAUUGAGUGGGAGUCGGAGUGGAAGGACUGGCAGAAGGAGCUGGCAACGCCGGGAUGCAAGUUGGUGGGAGACAUGUACAACCGAUAUGCCCUGUGGUAUCAGCAGGAGGACAAGGAUGCGGCUCCAGUGGGAGGAGAGUGGCCGACAUUUGAUGAUGCUAUUCGCAGACACGAGGAGCUUGACAGGAUGCUGAAGGAUUUUGACAAGACUUCUCAGAGGUAG